GGUAAAAUGGACUCAUUUUUUUUUAUUUUGUUUUUUUGAGACAAGGUCUUUCUUUGGUUGUCCUGUAACUCUAUGUCGACCAGGCUGGCCUGGUCACAGAUCUGUCUGCCUCUACCUCCCAAGUGAUAGAAUUAAAUGUGUGCAUAAGUAGAAAUCAGCCCUUUAAAAUCAUGUUGGAGCUGGGUGGUGCACACCUUUAAUCCCAGCACUUGGGAGGCAGAGGCAGGCGGAUCUGAGUUAGAGGCCAGCCUAGUCUACAUAAGGAAUGUCAGGACAGUGCUGCACAGCGAAACCCUGUCUCAAGAAGAACAAAAAGACAAAAAACAGAAAGCCCCAACCCUAAUAAUAGUAGUAAUGUUGGAAAAAAGAGCAGUCAUAAGGAGCAGCCCUCACUAAGUCUCAGGUAGAUAUUUAGGGCGAAUAGAAGGUUCUGUCUUAUGAAACAUACUUCACCAGUCUUCUGCAUUCUAAUCUUAUACUCACAGUAAAGAUUCUUCACUGUUGUGUGGCUCUGCGUGAAUACAACAGGAUUCCGAGGCUCAGCUUAAAUCUUACGUGUUAGGCUUUCAUAAACUUAUGCAAUCUCACCUUGUGCAUUCCUAGCUGUCAGUAAUGUUUUUUCCUGGAUUUUCUUCUCAGCAACCCGAUAGCAGAAGGGUCAACUCUUCUGUUGGAUUUUCUGUUUUGCAGCAUACAAGCAAUGACCCAUAUUGCUUUGUGGAAUUUUAUGAACACAGAGAUGCAGCUGCUGCAUUAGCUGCUAUGAAUGGGAGAAAAAUUUUGGGAAAGGAGGUCAAAGUAAACUGGGCAACAACACCAAGUAGCCAGAAAAAAGAUACUUCCAAUCACUUCCAUGUGUUUGUUGGAGAUUUGAGUCCAGAAAUUACAACAGAAGAUAUCAAAUCAGCAUUUGCCCCCUUUGGUAAAAUAUCGGACGCCCGGGUAGUUAAAGACAUGGCAACUGGAAAGUCCAAAGGCUACGGUUUUGUAUCUUUUUAUAACAAACUGGAUGCAGAAAAUGCAAUUGUGCAUAUGGGGGGUCAGUGGUUGGGAGGUCGACAAAUCAGAACCAAUUGGGCCACACGUAAACCACCUGCCCCUAAAAGUACACAAGAAACUAACACUAAGCAGUUGAGAUUUGAAGAUGUAGUAAACCAGUCAAGUCCAAAAAACUGUACUGUGUACUGUGGAGGAAUUGCUUCGGGGCUAACAGAUCAGCUUAUGAGGCAAACGUUUUCACCAUUUGGACAAAUUAUGGAGAUCAGAGUUUUCCCAGAGAAGGGCUAUUCAUUUGUCAGAUUUUCAACCCAUGAGAGUGCUGCCCAUGCCAUUGUCUCUGUGAAUGGCACUACAAUCGAAGGACAUGUGGUUAAAUGCUAUUGGGGUAAAGAAUCUCCUGAUAUGACUAAAAACUUCCAACAGGUUGACUACAGUCAGUGGGGCCAGUGGAGCCAAGUGUAUGGAAACCCACAACAGUAUGGGCAGUAUAUGGCAAAUGGGUGGCAAGUACCUCCCUAUGGAGUAUAUGGGCAGCCGUGGAACCAACAAGGAUUUGGAGUGGAUCAAUCACCUUCUGCUGCUUGGAUGGGUGGAUUUGGUGCUCAGCCUCCUCAAGGACAAGCUCCUCCCCCUGUAAUACCUCCUCCAAACCAAGCUGGGUAUGGCAUGGCAAGUUUCCCAACACAGUGAGCUGGGACUCUGAACACAGUUGUAACUCACCAUAGGCUGCAAUCUUCUGUGACACUCUGAAGACAUGAAAAGUAAACAUCGGAAAAGGAAAUUAUUUAUUUUAAAAUUUGCAAUGUUUGGAACCUUUAGCACAGAUCUGCUUGGGGAAGGACACAUGUCUUCUAGUUCUGCCUUUUUAAGUUUUUGUUCAUGAUGGAUAUGAACAUGAUUUUUCUUUGUGUACAAAAAACUAAAAUAAAGUCAAUAAAGACAAUUCUGACUAUAAAUUUUGAUAUAAUAGGAGAAAUGGGUAAUACAUUUUGAUUCUUAGACACUAUUCCGUUUUUAUCUUGCUGUUCAGUAUUUUAACUCACUGUGUUUUUAAAAGAGCAAAAAAGGGAGUAUCGUGAAAAACUGAGAAUCACAUCAGUUCGUCUUGAAUUCUGAUGCUCCCCUCCCAUCCCCUGAGGUGGACCACAUUUGAAGUCAUCAGGAGAAGUGUGAUUUCAGAAGAAAUACAUGAUGUGGGAAUCGCUGUGGAAGAAACACUUAAUUCUCUAUGUUAAAGAAAAUGAAGCCAGACUGAAAGCUUGCAGCCUGAAUAAGGGACAGCGUCAUAGGAGUUCUUGAGCGAAUGGUGGUGGUCCACAUUAAGACAUAUUUUUAAAACUUUUAAAAGUGUUGGUUAUCAAAAAUGUAGUAUAUAUUACAUUUCAUUUUGGGGGAGAAUUCCAAGUAUGGUGUUUAUAUUAAAGUCAGACAGUCACACUUGCGCUCUUACAUGGAGUUUAAUGGUAAACAUUGUAAAUAUUGAAUGACUACAGUGUUUCAAAAGCAUGCUUCAACAUAGAAGUAGCAGCAAUGUAAUUAUUCCAGGUGACAAGUAACAUACUGCAGGUGAGUGCAGUGGUCAGUCACAAUGUUUAAGACUGACAUUUUCAAAGUUGGCCAUGUAAAAUUAAAAUGACACAGAUGACUACACAGAAGAAGCCUUAAUUUAAUUUCAUACAAAUCUUUGAUGCAUUAGUAUAUAUUCUAAAUUGUAAGUCAAAGGUAGAUUUGGGCUUUGCUUUUUUUUUUCUUUCUUUCUUUCUUUUUACUUUGCUUUUUUUGGUACAUAAAUACCUUGGUUUAAAACCCAAUGAAGUGAUUUCAGGGUUCCUAUAAGUUGUAUAGCACAAAUGUUUUUUAAAAAUCUUGGGAUAUUUUUUAAAAUUAGAUAUAUUUUGCCCAAGAAUUUUUUUAAACAAGAUUGCUAAAAUAUCUUACAACUUGAUGUACCAAUUAUAAUUGGAUAUUCAAUUUGAGUUGUACACAAAGUUGUUGCUUUUAUUCCUAAUUUGUUCUUUUUCCUUGUGGGGAGUGUGUGGGUGACAGGCCCGAACAGGCCUGAGUUGUAUGUGUGCAGUUUGUAAUUGAAUCUCUUGGGAAGAUGUGGGAAUUCCAGGUUGUUCUUCCAAGGCAUUUCAGUCUAUGUGGAUACAGUCUGCCUCAUAUAUCUAUAAAACAGGAAUGUGAAAUAGAUAAAAUCCUAUGUGUUUCAAUUGUGACAGCUCGGGGGUGCAAAUGUAUUGGUAGUGUGUUAAACCUGCUGGCCUGUGUAUGCACACGAGCAAACAGCCCUAACCUAACUGUUCCGAGGUAGGAUGGGUAAGAUGCAACUGGCGUCCACACUAAGCCAUUGAAGUCUAAAGAUUAAGAUAAUGUGGUUUUAUAUAUUGGUGACCACACAAAUUCUGGUGUUCAUUUCCUCCUUUCUUCAUUUAGAAAUACAGCCAGAUAUAUUUAGCAUAAAAAUUUACAGGGUCUGAAGUUCUUUUUUGAGCCAACAUCUUUACGUACCUUAGGGUCUUUUGGUUUUGUUUCU